AUGAUGUGCCGUAGAAAAUAUUGGCUUAAAUACUACAUUGAAGAAGAAAAUUAUCAGAAGGUGAUAUUAUUAAUUUUAGAAUAUCAGAAAGAAGCUAAAUUAAAUGGAGAAUAUGCUGAUAUCACAGCAUUGCACAUCAAUAUAACUGAUGUAUUCGAUCUAGUUGAAGAAAGUUUAGAUUCAUCAUUAUCCAAAAUGUGUGUUGAUUUUAAUUUUGAUAAAUAUACUGAUAUUCAACAUGCAUACAAUUUUUUGGGUAAAUCUCAAAGUGCUAUCAAUCAAUUGCACAUGCAUUUCACAGCAACUAUAAAUACAGUAUCUUUCAACUGUGUUAAAAAAUAUUCUAAUGUGGACAAACAAAGAGAAUAUCAACAUGUAUGUAAAACUGUGUCCAUAGACAACUUUAUGGUCUGCCUUAUGACUCUUUGUAAAUCUUUGUUAAAGAUUUUAAAAUCCUACUUUUUAAUUUUUAAAUGGCAUAAAAGUGUUGAUGUGCCUUCAUUUUCUAAGGAUGCGAAGAAUUCACUGAUUUCUAAUGAAAACGACAUUUUUAAUAAGUUUCAAAACGAUAUCAGAAAAAUAUUUCUUGACAUUGAAAAUAAAAUUAUUAUUUUCAUAGAUGUGUUUGAUUUCAUAUCAUUUGAAUUUGAAAAAUUAUUGGAAAUUUUGAAUAUCGUUGACAGCAUAUUUAAAAUAGAAAAAAAAGUAUGUGAAAAAUUUGAAUCGAAACUGCAUAAAUACAUAUUAGAAAAAUUCGUAAUUUAUUUCGAUAGCUACCAUGUUUCUCGAUUAGAAGAGUUAAGAAUAUUUCUUGAAAAUGAAAGUUGGAAAUUGUGCCCUGUAAAAUCAUCAUUUAAAAUUACUCAACUUCGAGAAUUCCAGUCAUUUAAAUAUGCUUCCAAUUCAAACUAUAUCAUAAGUAUCUUUAAAAGUCUGCAAAAUAAACACGAAAACAACGUUUUUUCUACAGAUAGUAUUUGUGACGGAUUACACUUCCUUGAUACUACUUUAGAUAGAUCAUCUGAAGAGAGUAUUUUACAAACUUACGAGGAAACCUGGGAUAACAAUAUUGUAAUAAGUACGAAUGUCAAACGAGCUGUUUCACGUAUCAAAGAUAGUCUACUAUUAAAAUGCAGUACAAUUACAAAAAAUUUUCUAAAUACUGACCAAGCUAACCCACCAUUAUUUUCUAAUAAAACUGGUUUAAAUGAUCCAAACUUGUUAUUUGGGCUAGCUGAAAGAAUUGUGUCAACAGAAUCUUUGAUUUUUUUAGGACACCAGUAUGAGACUUUUCAAUCAUAUUUAUAUUCUGUUAUAUCUGAACAUGAAGAUAAAGUGUACUUAAAUAUGUUUUACAACAAUACGGUAUUACUAUCAGUGCAACUGCGGAAACCUAUCUAUAUGGUGUCAAUUUCCAAAUUUUUUGAUGCAAAAAAAAUUUUGAGUUUAAUGAGCAGAGUUAACUGGGAAUUAAAAGACGUUAUGUCGCUGCAUAAUACGUAUAUCGAUGUGUUAAUUCAGAAAAUGAAAAAGUUUCAAGAAAAACUUGAAGAAAUGCAGAACUGUAUAGUCAUAAGUGAUGAAGUUCAUAAAACAAUAUGGGAAGGUGUAGCUGAAAUAAUUACUCAUACAAUGGUCGAAGGUUUUUCGGAAGCCAAAAAAUGCACGAAUGGAGGUAGAGCUUUGAUGCUAUUAGAUUUCACACAGUUGGUUUCCAAAUUUGAAGGUAUGACAUCGCUGAGACCAAUGCCUCAUCAAGACUUUGUGUCAACUUAUAUAAAGGCAUAUUAUUUACCAGAAUUGAACGUUGAGUCAUGGAUAAAGAAUCAUACCAUGCUUGAGUCCCCAAUCAGUAAGUUUGCUUUAACUCUUUCCGUAUCAACUUCUUACUAA